GCCGAUCAAGCUGAAUUAACGGUCAAGAUCAGUUUCUACACUAAUCAACGGACUAGAUCGUCCCGUGACGAAAUCGGAAUCUUUACAUAAAAGCCAAGGGUUUUUCAUUUCCAGCGAUAAUUGAUUAAUACGCUUCUCGAGAUUUUAAUCAUCCACAUAGAAAACCCAAAAGGUGUGUAGUUUCAUUUGCUUACAGAUUGAAGGAAGAUGCAUUACAUGGAUUUGUUUAGUAAAGCUGGAAACAUAUUUAGGCAGCCUAGAGCUUUGCAGGCCGCCAACGCUAUGUUACAGGGCAAUCUUUCUUUGACUCCUUCCAAACUCUUUGUUGGAGGUCUGUCACCAACUACUGAUGUCGAUAUCUUGAAAGAUGUUUUUGGCAGAUUUGGCAAAAUCGUUGAUGUGGUAGUUAUUUCGGACCGUGAAACUGGUGUAUCGAAGGGAUUUGGUUUCGUGACAUACGAUUCAAUUGAUGCUGCUAAUAAGGCAAUGCAACAGAUGAAUGAUCAGGAACUUGAUGGGAGAAUAAUUGGAGUGAACCCAGCCGAUUCAGGAGGUGGUUUAGCAAGACGGGGAGGUCGUGGUGGUGGCCGAGGUGGGUUCGGUCGUGGUGGAUUUGGACGUGGAGGCUAUAACUUUGUUCGUUAACUUGGCAUCCAGAAUGUCUAUCAACGAGAUUUCAUUAGUCUGUUGUUUGAUUUUCUUUUCACAAACACCAAUUUUUUUUUUUUUUUAAAGUUCAGUGAAGCUUGAACAAACAGAUCAAGUGCCUGGCAAAAACAUUUAUUGAUUCAGUGGAGUUUUCACACAUUCAAAGGAAAAAGAAGUACAAAUUUUGA